CUUUUUUCAUCUCCUCCUCUUUCUCACCAGCAGCCAUUCAUCUCUUAAGAGCUUACAUUCAGUUCUCUUUCAGAUCACUUCCAUUAUUUGCAAUACCAUGAGCACAAACAAUAACGCUGAUACCCUGCCACAUGUAUUGAUCGCAGGUGCUGGUCUCGGGGGAUUGCUCCUUGCCAUGUUGCUUGAGCGAGCUGGUAUAUCGUAUACGGUAUAUGAGAGAUCGCAGAAUCUUCGUGCCUUAGGAGCGGCGAUGGGGUUUGGGGCCAACACACUUCCAAUUUUUGAGCAGCUCGGUAUUCUCGAUGCUACUUACGAUAUAUCAUACCCUUGUUAUACGGUUCAGAUGUAUGAUUCCAAUAUGAAAUCCAUUGGAGGAUUCGACUUUGAUCAUUACAAGGAGCGAACCGGUUACGAUACCAUCAUGUUUUCGAGGCCAGACCUUCAUAAUUUGCUUCGUUCUCAUGUCCCAGCUGAGAAAAUUUUGUUGGGCAAACGGAUCCUAUCGCUGUCGCAGGAUGAUGAUAGUGUCACUAUUAAAUGCAGUGACGGUACAUCCUACAAGGGCGAUAUCCUUGUAGGCGCUGACGGUGCAUACAGCGCAGUGAGGCAGAGCCUAUACCAGCUCAUGGCAAAGAAUGGAGAGGCGUUGGGGACAGAUGCGGACGAUCUGACUGCUGGACACAUCUGCAUGGUUGGAACCACAGGUCCAUUGAGUGCUGAGAAAUACCCCGCUCUCAAGGAUACAUUUUCACAUUGCAAACGAAUUGUUGCCAAUGAGUCCAAGUAUUCGUGGUCAGUAGUAACGGUGCCUGGAAAUCGGAUAUGUUGGGCCGUUAUCCUUCAAUUGGACAGUACAGAGUCCAAAGAUGCGGCAUUCCGGAACUCAGAAUGGGGACCUGAAUCCAAUGCGACAAUGAUAAAAGAGUGCUACAACUUCCGCAAUCCUUUAGGAGGCGUCAUGGGAGAAUUGAUGGAUGCUACCCCUAUAGAAAUGAUCUCCAAGGUGUUUUUAGAGGAUAGAAUGUUUGAGACGUGGAAUUAUGGACGAACUGUACUUAUUGGUGAUGCUUGCCACAAGUUCCUGCCGAGUGCCGGACAAGGAGCUCAGAGUGCGUUUCAAGACGCCGUCAUUUUGGCAAACACCUUAUACGACAUGCCUUCAUUCACACUUGAAAACAUCAAAGCAGCUUUUAAAGAAUUUAAGGAUCAACGUUUUGGUCCAGCGACAACCCAGAUGGACAAGAGUAAAGUCAUGGGUACCCUGCUUUACGGACAGAUAUGGAGUGAACGCAUGACACGACACAUGAUUUUCAACUGGAUCCCUAAGAGCAUUCAGACACAACAGUUCCUCAAAGAUACUGCAUAUCGCCCGCAAUGCACUUUCUUGCCAUUUGUUAAGAAUCGAGGCACAGUUACUGUAUUGGAACAAAAGCCAUCCAAGAAGCAUGCAGAACAACAGACUAGAAGAGCCACUGUUGCGGUGAUUUAAUCGUACGAAGUAACUAUUUAUAUUUACUACACAUAAACAGUACUGCAUAUGCAACAACACCAUGAAAAAUGCGCAUGUAAAUAUACAUAUACAUCUAGUGAACUGAAAUAUAACAACACAGCAGUAUUCAGUAAAUUGGGCUUUUUUGGAGAAGCAGGGCCAACAACAAAGACGC